AUGGGUAUGAAUCUGUCGAAUCAAAUGUAUAUUUUCUUUUGAUAAGAAACUUCAAUUAUAUCUAUCAGUGGUUUUGUGACAAUGCCGUAUUUCUCGAUAUGCGGUGUGCCCAAUUGUCCAAAUUUCGCGCACGCGGUGUUCGUCGCCAAUUAUCUAUCCGAGAAGCUGCCGAAUUUUUUCUACAAGAAAAUCGAGAAAAUUCCGCGGGAAUGGGCCGUGUUUCUGGACGAAUUGAAUAGAGAGAAUAAAUGGUACACGCACGAGAGCCCCGUCAUCUGGAAGGAGCUGUACCAAUGGGGCGGCACGAAGUACCUCAUCGGUGGUCUGAGCGAAUUCUGGGAGCACGUUUACUGCUAUUACGGUUUGGAGUCGCUUAUACCCAAAUACGCGCUGGAUGAGUUAGCUUUGGAUAAUUUGAGAUUUUUCGCCGACAAAAGAAGGAGCGAAGCCAGAAAAGUCAAAAACGUGGCGAUUUUGGGCGCCGGGCAAUUGAAUUCCGCGAUUCUCAUACAAGAUUUGCUGGAGAUAAAAACCCUGAGAAAAGGCGGCGUCCACCUGGUCUUCAAGCUCUACGACCACCAUCAAAACAUCGAUCGCUCGGUGUUCCAGCACUUGAACGACACCGCCUUGCACUUCAACUCCACCAGCUUCUUCGGCGACUUCAACCUAGUGGAGCUCUAUUCCAGCGCCGAAGACGCCAUGGCCGACUCCGACAUAAUCCUCAACCUAGACGAUUACAACCCAAAGGACGCGGACUUCGGCAAGCACAUGAACCGCUGCACCAUCAGAAUGAAAAUGCUCGCCGAUCACCUCCUGGUGGCGGCGAAGCGCGACGCGAAGAUCAUCUUCGCCGGCAGCGGCCCGCUGUGCUACAUGGCGACGGCGCUCUCGAAGGCCUGCUCGGAGAUGUUCCCGAACAUCGUGGUCAUCACGGCCGAUAAGGGGUUCCCCUUCGUGACCGCCGCCUCCGAGGAGACCGGCAUAGAGAUCCACAGGAUCAGCGCGCCCGUCGUGUGGGGCAGCAUCGGAGUGAAUUGCUUCGUGGAUAUCAGGAAUGCCUUCUUCAAAGCCGACGUCUACCGACCCUACAGGUGUAGUUUAACGGCGCCGAAGGGGUCGACUUUGCCGCUGGGGGUGGUGUCUUCUGAACUGAGACUAAUGGGGUAUAAAAUUAAAGACGCGGGGGUGAUUGAAAGGAAAGUUAAAAACAAUACGAAAAAAAUGGAAGAUCUCAUCGGUAGGGCGUCGUUGUUCAGUAAAUUGCGAGCGAUAGGUUUGCUUUUGAAGCUCUGGUACGCCGACGAAGUAGGCGAUGAGAUCAUUUCGUUGGGAGUACGAUCGAAUGGCUCUUUUCACGUACCUAAAGGGAUGUUUUUCUCGCAACCGGUGAAAUUGAGCGAGUCUAGAGUGUGGGUGCCUUACUCGAACUAUCCCCUGAAGGAGAAGCAAACGAAAAAGCGUAUUAAACAGUGCAUUCUUCACGCCAAGGACGUUUUCGGUAAUCUCGGGAUAAUGUACGAUCCUGACGAUGGAUUCGACGAGGAUUGGGACGAUUAUUCCAAGUAUUUAGGCGAGAUUGGCGAAGGCGAAGAGGAGGAAAUGUACGAGUAAUUUCACGUAGGAAAAAAUAAAAGAAUCUUUUUAUUGAGAUCAAUAUACAACUAUUUACAAUAUAAAAAAUGGAAUUAUAUUAAUUUAUAGGCACUUGCAUUUGUCGAUGUUAAUUGUUAAUUCGAAGAUACAUUAUUUAUUUAUAAAACUAUUUUGUACAUAUUCAACAUCACUUUAUUUCGGUUGGGUAAUUACCAAAUUUCAUCUCGAAAUCAUCAUCGUAUUUUAAUCAAUUAUUGUCAGAUUGCUCGAUCGAUCCAAUUAAAAAAAAAUUUCAGUCUUAUCAGCUAUCAGUAGAUCAGCGAAACGCGAAAAUGGAUUGGUAAAAAAAAAGACUCCGCUAUAUAUCACAUUAACUAGUGUCAAAAUAAUCUUAAAUAAAUAAGGAACUGUGUAAAAAUGUACAUACAAACGUAAAACAAUAGUAAUAUUUAUAUGCUCAGCGACGGUCUCUUUUUGCGGUCGCCCUUCGAAUUCUUGCCGAAAAUGUUGCCUAACACCUUCGACACGCUGUUGACGCCCAGUUUCCUCCGGAUCGGCAGCGCCUUGAGCAGCUGCACCGACCUCGCCUCCCUGAGGAGGGACUGGAACGCCAGCGAAACGCCGGCGAAGUUCUCCGCCGCGCUGACCUCGUAGAAUUGGCAGCCGUAGCGCAGCGACAACUCCUGCCCGUCGUCCACGCAGAUUUGCCUGGAAAAUUAAUUCGAACAUGUAGGACUCCGAAGUGGGCAUUCCCUGGCUCUUCUCGUAUUUACAUUACGCAAUUAAUUUCGUUUGGUUUAUUGGCAGUCGUGACGCACGUGUAAUUAUUAUUAUCUCUUGCAGUACAAUCGCUC